UCAUAUUUAGUAUCACAGCACACAGUCUGUGAAAAUAUAAAUCAUAUGUAAUAUCACAGCCCCCCUGUCAUCCCAGGGGGGCGGGUCUCUCUCUCCUCUCCGUCCGGUUGACGUCCACGGAUCUCUGGACGCGUCACGUCGCUCUCCGGUUCUCUCGCCUCGGCACCGACAGGCUCCCCGGGUUGACGGCAACUUCACGCUCCAACUUUCCCCCGCGACCCGUAGUCUCCGCGUGCCGGCGUCUGCUUUCAAACGUUUCCUUUUUGCAUCGAAACAGUUCGCUCCAGUUCUCCGGUGAACCGUCGCGUCCGCGGGUUGGUGUUGUGGGGUCUCUGUGUGUGUGCGCGCGUGUGGGGUCUCGGUGUGUCUGCGCGUGUGUGGUCUCGGUGCGUGUGUGUGUGUUGGGGGGGGGUGUCGGUGUGUGUGUGUGUGUGUGUGGGGGGUGUCGGUGUGUGUGUUGGGUCUCGCGGUAUCUCUUCCUCGCACCACCUGUUGGCUAGCGCGUCGGGUUCCUUCCCGCUCUGGACCCACCGGACCUCCUCAUGAGCGCCCCCCCGGUGAUCCGCGCGCCCAGCCCGCUGCCGCUGCUCCGGAGCGCGAGCAACCCCGGCGGCGGCGGGGUCGCCUUCCACAUCCAGAUCGGUCUGAGCCGCGAGCCGGUGCUGCUGGACCCGGGGGACCUGAGCCUGGGCCAGGUCCGGGAGAUGGCCUGCUCCAUAGUGGACCAGAAGUUACCGGAGUGUGGUUUUUAUGGGAUGUACGAGAAGAUCCUUCUGUUCCGUCAUGACCAGACGUCGGAGAACGUUCUCCAGAUCCUGAGGUCAGCGGCAGAGAUCCAGGAGGGGGAUCUGGUGGAGGUGGUUCUGUCAGGCUCUGCGACGGUGGAGGACUUCCAGAUCCGGCCCCACGCGCUGUUCGUCCACUCGUACCGCGCGCCGGCCUUCUGCGACCACUGCGGGGAGAUGCUGUGGGGGCUGGUGCGGCAGGGCCUCAAGUGUGAAGGCUGCGGGCUGAACUACCAUAAGCGCUGUGCCUUCAAGAUCCCCAACAACUGCAGCGGCCUCAGGAGGAGGCGGCUCUCCAACGUCUCUCUGACAGGAGGCGGGGCCAACCUGUUUGCAGGGACACGCCCCCCUUCAGCUGAGCCCUCCCCCACCAACUGUUACCCGGAUGAUGCGCUACUGUCUCCAGUCAGCCCUGGUCUGGAGGUAGGCCAGUCCUCUCCCAAACAUCCCGCCACUUUGUUCACGGAGGAGAAAAAAGACUCCAACUUCCUAUUCCCUGUGACCUCCCAUCAGAAGGGCCAAUCGGAUUACUUCCCCAGCCGCGAGCGCCGGUCCAGCUCCCAGUCGUACGUGGGCCGGCCCAUCGAGCUAGACAAGCUGCUCAUGUCAAAGGUCAAAGUGCCCCACAGCUUCCUGAUCCACUCCUACACCCGGCCCACCGUGUGCCAGCACUGCAAGAAGCUGCUGAAGGGGCUCUUCAGACAGGGCCAGCAGUGUAAAGAUUGUAAAUUCAACUGCCACAAGAGAUGUGCCCCAAAAGUACCCCACAACUGCCUCGGAGAGGUGACCAGGAACGGAGAGCUUCUCAGCCCGGGGGCGGAGUCAGACGUUGUCAUGGAGGCGGGUUGCCUUGACGACCAGGAUGGGGAGCGCGGGGGGAGCCCAUUGGACGACAUGGAGGAUGCGAUGACCUCAGAGGGGGCGGGGCUCCAGCUAGGAGUGGGGCCUGGUGACCUCUGCGACCUCCAGGACCCUGACCUGGAGGACUCCAAUAGAGCCAUCAGUCCGUCCACCAGUAACAACAUUCCUCUGAUGCGCGUCGUCCAAUCAGUGAAGCACACCAAGAGGAAGAGCAGCAAUGUGGUGAAGGAGGGGUGGAUGGUCCACUACACCAGCAAGGAUACAAUGAGGAAGAGGCACUACUGGCGCCUGGACACUAAAUGCAUCACGUUGUUCCAGAACGAUACAGGCAGUAAAUACUACAAGGAGAUCCCUCUGUCGGAGAUCCUGUCCCUGCAGCCCGCCCAGACGCUCUGUCUGCUGCAGGACGGCUCCAACCCCCACUGCUUCGAGAUCGUCACCGCGGCGUUGGUGUACUACGUGGGGGAGACCGGCCCGCGCAGCGACGGGGCCGGGGGCGCCGUCCUCGUAACGGGAGGAGGCGGGGAGGUCUCCAGGAUGUGGGAGAUGGCCAUCCAGCACGGCCUCAUGCCCGCCAUCUCUAAAGGAGUCUCCCAGGGCCACAAGGAAGUUUCUGUCAGCAUCUCCGUAUCCAACCAUCAAGUUCAGGAGAAUGUGGUGAGAACAUAAACAUUAUAUAUACACAAUGUAUACAUUAAAUACACAUCAUAAAUAUAUCAUAUACACACA